AUGGAGCAGCACGACGUGCCGGGCAGCACUGCCGAUGCGGGGGGGUCUGGGAGUGCGGCCCCCCCUGGAACAGAGACCAGCGCAGCGCAGCCUGCCCCCGCUGCUGCCACCAAUGCUGUCCAGGCUCAGAAUGGAGGAAAGGAAGAGCCCAUGGAGAUGGCUGUGGGUGCUGCAGGAGAGCCACGUGGAGGGACGGCGGGGCCCGCACAGGAGAAAGUGCCAACUGCUGCAGGGAAGGAGGAGCCUGGGAAGGAGACGGCUCCGGGUGCUGCUGCUGAGGCUCACGGUGCAGUGAGAGAGGAGGCUGAGCCCGAAGGAGGGAAGGCAGAGCCUGAGCAGGAGAAAGUCCUAAAUGCUGCACCGCAUGGGGGUGGUGGGGAAAAGGAAGUUGCCAAGAAGGGGGCUUUGGCUGCAGAGACCCACAGAGGGAAGGAAGAGCCUGGGAAGGAGAAAACCCCAACGGGAGAGUCCCAAGGAGAGACAGCAGAGCCUGCACAGGGGAAGGGCUCAGCUGUAGCAGGGGCUCACGAAGAAUCUCCAAAGGAGAAUGCUCCAGGUGCUCCAGGAGCUGAGGCUGGAGGAGAAAUAAAGCCCACAAAGGUGGCUUCAGCUGCAGCCUCAGCUGCAACACCAGCCCAUGGUGAGGGAGAGCCUGUGAAGGAGCAGCCGGCUGCUGUGAAGGCUGAGAAUGGAGGGAAAAAUGCUGCAAAGGCAAAGAAAAGCCCGGCUGCAAAACAGCCUGCAAAGGAGAAGGCCCCUGCUGCUGCAAAGGAUGGAGGGAAGAAACCCACAAAGGCGGAAAAAAAUACAAUGGUGACAAAGGCUCAGGAUGGAGGCAAAGAGACUGCGAAGGAGAAAGCCACGGCACCUGCAAAGGAGAAGGCUACAGAUGCUGCACAGAAGCCCCCAGCUGCAGCAAAGGCUGAGGAUGGAGGGCAGGAGCCCACAGAGGAGGCCCCGGCUGCUGCAGGGACUCAGGGUGAAGUGGAGAAAGAGGCCAACACAGAGCAGACAAACAAGGAGCAGCCGCUGAGGGGACCCGAGCCCACACGUCCAGCUCUGAUGCAGAGCCUGAGCUGCCCGGCCACCUGCCAGAGAGAGGAGCAGCUCAGGCUGGAGGUGGCUGCGAUGGAGACAAUCUCAGAGGAAACCCCUAUGGAACCAGCAGGAGAGGGUCUGGUGGAGCCCAGCCCAGCCCAGGGGGAUCUGCAGCCCCCAGAGCAGCCCGUCCCUGUGGGCAGCACCGCCGUCCCACAGGAGAGGACAUUGCCUGGUGCCGAGGAGCAGCCCCAGCUUGGGUCAGAGCCCCCUGGGCACGCAGAGCAGCCGGGCCCUGGGGCCAUGGGGCAGCCAGCUGCGACGGUGGCAGAGCCACCACCCAGCCCCUACCUCACCCCCGAUUUUGGGAAGGAAGACCAUUUUGAGAUUCUAGAUGAUGUCCCCCCUCCUCCCGCUCCCUUUGUGCACCGCAUCGUCUCGCUGCGGACGGGCAGCAUCAGCUCCCAGUACAACCUCAGCUCCAAGGAAAUCCUAGGCGGGGGAAAAUUCGGUGAAGUACACACGUGCACGGAGAAGCAGACGGGGCUCAAGUUGGCUGCCAAAGUCAUCCGGAAGCAUGGAGCCAAGGACAAGGAAAUGGUGCUGUUGGAGAUCGACGUGAUGAACCAGCUGAACCACCACAACCUCAUCCAGCUCUACGAUGCCAUCGAGACGCCCCGGGAGAUCAUCCUCUUCUUGGAGUUCGUGGAGGGCGGAGAGCUCUUUGAGCGGAUCGUCGACGACGAUUACCACCUGACAGAGGUGGACUGCAUGGUGUUCGUGCGGCAGAUCUGCGAGGGCAUCCGCUUCAUGCACCACAUGCGCGUCCUGCACCUCGACCUCAAGCCCGAGAACAUCCUCUGCGUCACUGCCACCGGGCACAUGGUGAAGAUCAUUGAUUUUGGGCUGGCUCGAAGGUACAACCCCGAAGAGAAGCUGAAGGUGAACUUUGGCACUCCUGAGUUCCUCUCCCCUGAGGUGGUCAACUACGAGCAGGUCUCCUACUCCACAGACAUGUGGAGCAUGGGAGUCAUCACCUACAUGCUCCUCAGCGGCCUCUCCCCCUUUUUGGGUGACAACGACACCGAAACACUCAACAACGUCCUGGCAGCCAACUGGUACUUCGACGAGGAGACCUUCGAGAGCGUUUCUGAUGAGGCCAAGGACUUUGUCUCCAACCUCAUCAUCAAAGAGAAGAGCGCCCGGAUGAGUGCAGGGCAGUGCCUGCAGCACCCCUGGCUCACCAACCUGGCAGAGAAAGCCAAACGCUGCAACCGCCGCCUCAAGUCCCAGGUGUUGCUCAAGAAAUACGUCAUGCGACGGCGCUGGAAGAAAAACUUCAUUGGGGUCUGUGCCGCCAACCGCUUCAGGAAGAUCACCAGCUCGGGCUCGCUGACGGCGCUGGGUGUCUGA